AUGACUGAUAAUACCAUGCAUCUUGUCAACUCCAGGAAAUCCUCCACAAAGCAUCCUGCUAGUCGAGCGGCAUCCAUCUCAGACGGCGAUGUGGUUGGCGAGGCUCAAAUCACCAUCGGAGGCCAUGUUGCAGAAUUACCACAAAGAUUCUCCGCAUUUUCCAUGUUGACGUUUGCCUUUGCAAUUCUCAACUCUUGGAUUGGAUAUGUCGGCGUCUUUACCACUGUUAUAUAUAUGGGGGGACUGGCUACUGCGGCGUGGGCACCACUCGUCGCUGCCAUACCAUGUUUUAUCAUCACUUGCGGACUCGCAGAGCUCGCAUCCGCUUUCCCUUCCACUGGAGGCCAGUACCAUUAUGCCUUUAUGGUAUCACCUCCCCGACUUCGACGACCGAUUGCAUUUACAACUGGCUGGCUGAGCAUCUUUGCCUAUCUGUUUACUAUAUCAUCAGCAUCUCUGUUUGUGGUGCAGACUCUAUUUCAGUUAGUCACCACCCAGAUGGGCGAUUUUGAGCCAGAGAGAUGGCAGACUUGGCUUGUUUACACAGGAUUACUGGUGUUCGCAACUGCAACUGUUUCCUUGUUCCCCAAAGCAUUGCCCAAACUCCAGACGGCAAUGUUCUGGUUCUCUGUACUUGCAUUGGGAGUCAUCUCGAUUACUCUUCUUGCGAUUAGUCCUACGAAGCAACCUGCAUCCAUGGUCUUCACAAAGUGGACCAAUCAGUCAGGAUGGAGUGAUGGGUUCUCUUUUAUUCUGUCCAUCGGCCAAUGCAUGUGGCUAUAUACUUGCGUGGAUACCGCUACCCAUGUGUCCGAGGAGGUUCCCAACCCAGGCAAGAAUGUUCCGAUUGCCAUGCUUGCGACUGUCGGGUUGGGCAUCGCUUCAACUAUAUUAUUCUCCUUUUCAAUGCUUUUUAGCUCUCAAGACUUCGACCGAAUUUCUACAUCUUCACUGCCUAUGUAUGAGCUAUAUCUUCAAGCAACACAGAAGACAUCACUGGCAAUCACGUUCUCUGCUUGGCUCAUCCUCAUCUACACGGGAACAGUAUUCGGCCUCAUCGUAACUACGGGGAAUCUCAUUUGGGCGUUUUCACGCGAUCAAGGCAUUCCUUUUUCUAGGUUCUUUGUCAAGAUUCACCCCAGACUCAAAGUACCAAUGAACGCGAACAUUGCUGCUUCAACUUUCUGCAUCCUUUAUGGGUUAGUGUAUAUUGGAUCUUCUGUGGCCUUCAACGUCUUCAUCUCGACAUCAAUUUUGAGUCUCAAUAUGAGCUACGCUAUCCCUCAAGUCAUGCUACUUUUUGGAGAUCGUACAAAGCUGCUCCCGCGCCGAUACCUGAGCCUUGGCAACUACUUGGGGCCUUUUUGCAAUGCCUUCACGGGAUUAUGGGUCGUCUUGUUCAUGGUUUUGUUCUGCUUCCCGUUGUUCAUACCUACUACUGCUGCUACAAUGAGCUACGUAAGUGUGGUGGUUACGGCCAUGCUUCUUUUCUGUGCGGCUCUUUGGUGGGGUGGAAAGCGAAAUGGUUUCAAUGGACCUGCUCUUAAUCCUGACGGAUCAUUCGUGAGCCACCAGAUCAUAAUACAGUGA